AUGCCCUGCAAAUGGCCUUUCAAAUGGCCUUGCAAAUGGCCAGACAUUGUCGGAUGUGCUCAGUGCGUCCCAAUAUGUGGAGGACAGCUUGCCACGGAUGCUCUGCGUCCCAACCUGCGUCUGGGCUCUGCAGUGACGAUCGCUUCAGACCUCGGAGAGAUAUCUGGGGCUUCUUUGUUUCUUACUUUGCUUCCACUCGACCUCUACUCGGCACCCCUCCCUCGUUUUUCUCUCAUCCAUGUCUCAAAUCACAACACCAACCUAGGCGCCUACGUCGUUGUGGAUAUGUGCGUCUUGACCGCUGCUUCUCGAAGAAUUGUUGUGCACCUCCUCGCGUGGAGCGACACCCUCUCCAUAGAGAUAAGAGAAGAAAAGACAGGCUCGUCUAACGGCACCACUCCUUCGAGGGCAACGAAGGUGUAG